AUGAACGGCACAAAAGACUUCGUCCGUAACUUUGAACAGGUUAACCGAGGUGAUGUCGCUUCAGUUGGGGGUAAGAACUCCUCCCUUGGGGAAAUGAUCAGUGCACUCAACGUCAAGGGCGUUAGUGUCCCACCGGGAUUUGCGACUACAUCAGAGGCUUACUGGGACUAUGUCGACUUCAACAAUAUUAGGGAGAGAAUGGCAAGGUUGAUUCUCGACUGGGAGACCGGCAAAUUGACUCUUCAAGAGACCGGCUCCGCGGUGCGAAACUUAUUUCUCCGUGGUGACUUUCCGCGAAACUUGGCGGAGAGCAUCGAGAGUGCCUACGAACAGCUUUGCGCGCGUUCGAAACAAAAGGAUCUGUCGGUUGCUGUGCGUUCAAGCGCGACGGCCGAGGAUCUGCCUGAUGCUAGCUUCGCUGGGCAACAAGAGACCUUCUUGAAUAUCUCCGGAAAGGUUGCUCUCCUCGGCGCCUGUCGACGUUGCUAUGCUUCGCUCUUCACCGAUCGGGCCAUUAGCUACCGCCAGAAUGCAAACUUCGAUCACAUGAAGGUCGCGCUGUCAAUUGGCGUGCAGCGUAUGGUCCGCUCAGAUCUAGCCGGCUCAGGCGUGAUGUUCACAAUCGACACGGAGAGCGGAUUCGACAAAGUCAUCCUCAUUAACGCCGCAUGGGGUUUGGGUGAGAAUAUCGUCCAAGGCACAGUCAAUCCUGACGAGUAUCAAAUCUUCAAGCCCCUUCUGUCCGAUCCCAAGCUGGUUCCCAUCAUCGAGAAGAAACUUGGCGAGAAGGAUAUCAAAAUGGUUUAUGGUAAUGAGAACACGCCUAUCCGGAACGUGCCUACCUCCAAGGCCGAGAAGCACAGUUUCGUGCUCAACGAUGAGGAAAUACUCAGCUUGGGGCGGUGGGCUUGUAUCAUCGAGAAGCACUACGGAUGUCCAAUGGAUAUUGAAUGGGCCAAAGACGGCGUCACCGGCGAGAUGUUCAUCGUCCAAGCUCGUCCAGAGACCGUUCAUGCACGUCGUGAAGCGGGUGUAUUCAAGACAUACAAGAUUGUUCGAAAAGGUCAAAUCAUUACCACUGGUCACUCUAUUGGCGAAGCCGCCGUCUGCGGCCGCCUUUGUCUGAUCGAGACGGCCAAGGAUAUCCACAAAUUUAUCGACGGCUCCAUUUUGGUCACAGAGUCAACCGAUCCAGAUUGGGUGCCCAUCAUGAAACGCGCUGCUGCAAUUAUCACGGACCACGGUGGCCGCACCUCCCACGCUGCCAUCGUCAGUCGCGAGCUUGGCGUGCCUGCCGUCGUGGGUACGGGAAACGCCACUUAUGUACUACAUAGUGGACAAGACGUGACCGUCUCCUGUGCCGAAGGCGACACAGGUUUCGUCUACCAAGGUAUAUCGGAGAUCACAACCACUGAAGUCGAUGUUAUGGGUCUUCCUCCAACACGUACAAAGAUUAUGCUCAAUCUCGCAAAUCCAGCUUCUGCGUAUCGAUGGUGGCGCCUGCCUGUAGACGGAAUUGGCCUCGCACGCAUGGAGUUCGUAGUUAGCAACGCGAUUCAAAUUCACCCAAUGGCACUAGUUCACUUCGACCAAGUUCACGACCAAGCUGCCCGUGAAAAAAUAAUUCACUUUACGGCAGGUUACUUAACUAAACCCGAAUACUUCGUCGACAAACUUGCGCGCGGAUUGGCAUGCCUUUGUGCUGCGGUCUAUCCCAAGCCGGCAAUCAUCCGUAUGUCCGAUUUCAAAACCAAUGAGUACGCCAACCUCAUCGGCGGGGCGGCAUUUGAACCAAAAGAAGAAAACCCCAUGCUCGGAUUCAGAGGCGCGUCUCGCUAUUAUUCGCCCCGAUACAAAGAAGGUUUCGCUCUCGAAUGCGCAGCGAUAAAACGUAUGCGGGAAACGAUGGGCUUCACAAACGCGAUAGUAAUGAUUCCAUUCUGUCGAACAAUUGCCGAGGCAGAGAAAGUCCUUUCAGUCAUGGCUGAUAACGGUCUGCGCAGAGGAGAAAUGGGUCUACAAGUCUACGUUAUGUGUGAAAUCCCCAGUAACGUCAUCCUGGCGCGGCAGUUCACCCAUCAUUUCGACGGAUUCAGUAUCGGGUCCAACGAUCUCACCCAAUUGACAUUGGGUGUAGACCGCGACGCAUCAGGCGAGCUUGCAGACCUGUUCGACGAACAAGACGAAGCUGUGAAAUGGAUGAUUGCCACAGUGAUUGACGUCGCUCGCAAGGAGGAGAAGGAGAUUGGCUUAUGUGGCGAGGCGCCAAGCAACCAUCCGGAGUUUGCUAGGUUUUUGGUCAACACUGGGAUCAUUUCGAUUAGUGUGAGUCCAGAUAGCUUCUUGGAGGUGAAGAAGCAUGUCAUCGCUGCGGAAGGGGUAAAGAACUCUGGAAGAGAUGGACAUUGA